CUCAGCGAAGACGUCGCGGGGGCGACGUUCAUGGCCGCGGGGUCUUCCGCGCCGGAGCUGUUCACGUCCACGAUGUCGCUCGUGUCGUCGAACGCGACGAACGAGCUCGGCGUCGCGACCAUCGUCGGCAGCGCCGUGUUCAACAUCUUGAUCAUCAUCGCGUGUACCAUCAUCUUCAGCGGCGGCGACGCGCUCGAGCUCGAUUGGAAGCCGGUGACGCGCGACUGCGUGUUUUACGCGUGCAGCAUCGCGUUCUUGCUCGCGAUCAUGUCCGACGGGAAGGUGUGGUGGUACGAGGGCGUCGUCUCCGUGGGUCUGUACCUCGUCUACGUGUACUUCAUGACGAAAAACGCGCGCAUCAUGGCGUGGGUGGACGCGAAGAAUAACGAGGAGGAGGAGGAUCACAAUCUCACCGGGGACGGCGCGCUAAACGACGACGACGACGACGACGACGACGACAGGAGCCCUUUCGCGCCGCCGUCGUCUCUCGCGGCGUAUCCGCUGUGGCUCUUAUCCCUGCCGUGGUACGCCGCGUUCCGCGUCACGUGCCCCGACUGCUCUAAACCCGACGGCGAGAAGUACUACCUCGCGUCGUUCUUCGUAUCCGUGUUUUGGAUCAGCGCGAUAUCGUACGGGAUGGUCGACGCCGCCGCCGCGGUGGGCUGCAUUCUCGGCAUCCCCGAGGUGGUCAUGGGCACGUUGGUCCUCGCCGCGGGCACGUCCAUCCCCGACGCGUUGUCCUCUGUCUCCGUCGCGCAGAGCGGCCAGGGCGACAUGGCGGUCGCGAACGCGGUCGGGUCGAACGUGUUCGACAUCCUCCUCGGCCUGGGUCUCCCGUGGAUCGUGUUCCUGCCGAGCCGCGGCGGGUUCGAGGUCGUCAGCACGAAGCAGCUGUGGCCGUCGAUCUUCAUUCUCGCGGGCGUGCUCGCGUUGUACUACAGCACCGUCGCGGGGAAUAAAUUUAAGCUGGUGAAAUCGAUGGGGUACGCGUACUUGGCGACGUACGCCGCGUUCGUCGUGUACUCGCUCGUCGCGGUGUGGUACCUGGACGUGUACGACGUGCACGGGAAGUGA